AUGGAAACGCCAUCCACACACGCUUAUAUUCAUGAAGGUGUAGCUGAGACGCCCGAGAUCACCCGAUCUGUCAUGCUGCCAGGUCUCGUUGAACCGGACACUGCUUUACCUGACCAAGCCAAUCCAUUGAUUACUGGUGAGCACAGUCAAAGAAGGCAAUCUGCCAAACGACCCCAACACAGGGGUUCUCUGGGCGGCUAUGAAGAGCACUCCAAUAGCUUGGGACACAAGCUCACGUUGGCUCCAUCGGCGUUGAGAUCCGAGAUCCUACAGACAGGAUGUGCCGCUGAGCCAUCGUACCGGACUGCACCCGAGGGGACAAUGUCGGCUGCACUUACUGCCCCUUCGCUUUCACCAGAAGACAGUGUGGAUGAGGAUAGUCGCACCGAAGGUCUCCACAAGCAUGGGGUAGUUGGCGCUCCACCUGCAUCGUGGACGACUGCGAAUGGCGGAGCGCAGUCUUGGGCCGCGGAUCAGUCUGUACUGACAUCCCAGCCUAAUGAUAUAACGGCUUCCGAAAGGAGCGAGAUCCGUCAGUCAUCACAUAUAUCUGCACUCGGAGCAGCGAAAUUGGAAAGGAUUAAAAGGCCUAAGUCAACUGGUAGUGACAUUUGCAGCGAAGAACCUGCUAGGAGGCCGCGUUCAGCACCUGCGGUACCCCAGCGCAUCAGUGACCAACCCAAGGCCCAUGUACCCGACAAUGGUACACUCGGUGGCAGCUUCGAAGCCUGCGUUGCAACAACAAACAGCAAAAACGAAACGCCGUUUAGGUUCUACAAGCGUAAAUCGAAAGGAGACGCCCCUAAUCGCAGCGCUGGGUCAGGCACCUGGAGGAGCACGAAAAGCACGAAGUCGAGAAAGCCUGUCAGCUUUCCAUCACAAGAGGUUGAGCAGGCAGGCCGCAGGCUAGUUGCUGUGUCCACAACCAUCAAGGUACGGUCUGCAGAAGCACCCGUACUUGAUGUGUCAUUUGGUGCCAGCGACUCGUUUGGACCGCGGUUACAAUUAGCGCUGGAAGACGAGCAUUUAAACACUAUACUCCCGUCAACAAGGACGUUAUUGUCUACGGGAGAGCCGUGGUCCGUCAAGCGCGCCCUCAAGUGUGCAAUGCGCGAGUCUGGCGCGGAGUUUGAGUGCAUACCUGGUGAGCCCGCCUCGUCGCAGUUAGACACUAUGGAUGGCACGCAUGCGGUAACGCGGCAAUCAGCUCACGACUUCCCUCAGUCUCCGGCAGGCGCAGAAAAAGGGAAGACUGGCGAAGAGGCAACUUCCGGGAUCAAUAGGUUGGAUGAGCAGCCGACGCCGCGCACUCAGCUGCCAGACACGCAAGUCAUGCUAGCGCAAGCACGCUUUGACUUCUUUAACUCUCCAGAGAAGCAAAUGACGGCAGCAGCCGGUGCCGCAGAGGGCCUGUUUACUUCCGUCGAGGAUGACGUGACAAUGCAGUCUCAGACCGUAUCACACCAGCCUCUUCAAGAGCUUUCACAACAGCCAUUGCCAGCGACACAGGCACUAAUCGAUGCAUGGUCACCAUGGUCACACAUAAAGAAGCCCAUAGGUCGUCUUACGCAGGUAACGCUAAUAACAACUCCCACUGGAGUCAGCAAAAGUGUCGGCAAGCAAAGCACUGCAGCAGACGAUGCAGUCCGUAGGCGAAAUAGUUCACGCUUUGCAACCACUUUCGAUGACCCGCCUAGCCAACCCUCAAGACUUGACUUUCCAAUCACUAAGGAGUCGUCAUCAGCACAUGGCCCGAAGAAUCUCUCGCAAAGCGGGCACGACUCCGCGCCGAAGUUUAUCCUGAAGUCAAGCGGACGAAGGCACGAUGCACAUAUAGUUGGAAGCCCGCACCAUGGUACGCCAGGCCCAGAAGCACAAGAAAGUGUGCCGAAGUCAUUAGAUAUCCCUUCUGUUGUUGGGGCAGGGUCCGCGUUGGACAACGACGAACCCAGAACGAGAACCCUGUUCAGAGAAGAGUCGCAGGUUGAGCGAGCGAUUGACGACCUGGAAGCGACUGUGCUGAGCUUUACGGGUGACUUGGACGCGUAUUGA